AUGGAAAAAAGAAUAACAACCAAGCAUGAAGAAAGUAGUGCAAAUACAUAUUUAUUUUUAGAACAGCAUAUGCAUAGUACAAAAAAUAGAAUUGCAAAAGAGGAUGCUACUGUAAAGAAUGAUAUCAUUUUGGUGAAUAACACUACAGAUAUCACUACUACGAAGAAAAAUGAAAAAAAAGAAAAAGUUGUAAGCAAAAUUAAAAGAAAUAAAAUGAAGGAUAAGGUGGAAGCAAAUUCUAAAUUAGAUAAAAAUUGCAUAGACGUAAAUGAUGAAAGUGUUGACUUAAAAUUUGAAAAUAACCGGAAGCAAAACUAUGGAAGUAGGAACAAGUUAAAUAAUAAGAAAUCCUUAAAGGCAGGGAAAAGUUGUAUAAAUAAGAACAGUACUAAUACAAGUAAUAAUGAAAAUAAUACAUGUGAAUUAUAUAAAGAGGAUGAUUAUGAGAAUGGAGAAGAAGACGAAGCUAUUAAAAAUAUUAUAAAAAAGGAUAACUCCUAUUGUACGGAUAGUGAAUGUUCUUACAUAAGCGAUAUAAAUAAAACAAAGAUGUGUGUAAAUAAUGAAUGUUGUUGUUGUUGCAAUAGGAGAGGGAAAAAAUAUAUCAGUAGUAGCAACAAUCCCAGUGAUAUUAAAACUGUACGAAACAAUAGUAACAAUUGUGGUAGUAGAGAGAAUAAAAAAAAUAAAGGAAAAAAGAAAAAAAAGAAAGAUUCAAAGAAUGAGUUAAAAAAUAUGGAUUGGUUAAUAUACACAAUUCGAUACAUGGAUUAUAGGAGAUUACGAAGAAGAUUUAAUGGAAUAAGAAAACCGAUCUCCAAAAAAAUAGUAUUUAUAAUAACAAUAUUUUGCUUAAUAUUAAUAUCAUGGAAGUAUUUCCAAACCUUUUAUGAAAAUAAUAGGCUUACUAUUAGUUUUGAAAUUCAGACAAGUUUUUUAUUUUUUUUAGAAGCUACAUUAGCAAUUAUUGGAGUAAUAAUUUUUGCAAAAUUUCAGACACGUUUGAGUUUACAUUGGCCAAUAUAUGCUUCAUAUAUAUUUAUUAUAUGUGCAUCUGUUUUAUUAAUAUUUUAUGAAAAGGAUAAAACGGAUAAGAGUUCAAGAGGAGAAAACAUUUUGAUGAUAUAUGGAAUAAUUCAAUUGUCUUUAAUUAUAAUAGUGAAAAUAAUAGUUUAUAUAGGUCCCAUUUUAGCCAUCUAUGGAUUUUUCUGUCCAUGUACAGAACAUUGUAGAAUAUUAAAAAAAAAGAUAUCAACAAAUAAGUUAAAUAUUACGAUAAGUCGUUAUAAUGAUUUUGCAGGAAUGUGCGGUAAUAACUUUUGUUGUUUUUGCUUAUGUGCCUAUCGAUCUUUCUAUCGUAUAAUAAAUUGUUUUUACAAAAAGUUUGCAAACUUGCGUUUUAAAAUUACAAAAGAUAGUAUUAAUGAAGCACCAUUUAGUCAUCAGUUAAGAUAUAAGGGAAAAACAGAUAUAUAUGGUAGACCCCAUGGAUAUGGGGAAUGGAUAGAGGAUCAUUCGUUUGGUGAAAAGUUAAGGGGAUUUUGGUUUCAUGGAUACCCAGUAGGUCCUUUUAUAUCUCAAGAAGUUGGAAGUGGUUCUCUUUUUGUAAAUACUAGGGUUGGUUUUGCUGCAUGUGUAGGUAAAGAUUGGUCUGAUGUCAGAUAUGGAGUAGCAUGUACUGAAUGUUCUAUUAGUGGACAUUUUUUUAAUGAUUUUCCUUUGACCUACUUUUUUAAUCCUAAAAUUCAAAAAGAUGCAAAUGGGAGAUUACCAAAUAACAGAUAUGAUAUUAUAGUAAAGGAUAUAUUAAAAGAAAAUUAUGAAGACAUUUUAGGUUAUGAUUUAAAAUGGUGUUUCAACAUGUUAAAAGUGAAUAGUAGUACUACUACAGAACACUUCUCAAAUAAUUGUAUGAUAUCGUUAGAUCAUGUUACUAUGAGUUUAAAAGUGCAUAAUUAUAAACGAUUAGGUUCAAUCAAAAGAAGGAAUGAUAUUCUUGAUGAAAUUGUUGUAAAAUUAGUUAAUGUGCCCAAAGAGAAAAAACAUAAAAAAAUGUACAAAAGAAAUAAACUUGUCAAAUAUGAUGAAAAAUUUAAAACAAAAGAAAAUGAUGAAUUUUUUUUUAGUAAUAAAAAUAAAAUACAAAAUAACAUGAAAAUAUUAGGUUCACAAGGUAGUCAUAUUAUUACAAGAAACUCGUUUAGAGAAAAUCGCCAAUCCUACUACAUACACAAAUUAUCAGACAAAUCGCUUGAUUCAAUAAAUGAUGAUAUUUAUUUAUAUAAAAUGAAUAAAAUAAUUAAAUCCUCGGAGAUACACAAGUGCCCUUUUUUUGACGACUCGAAGCAGGAUGUAACUCUCACAGAUUUACAACUCAAGUCACACAAUGAAAUUGAAAUAAAGCAACGUUUGAAAAGACGCUAUCCUAGCGAUCUGAGUGUAUAUAAUGACGAAAAAGAAAAAGGUAGUCAUGCUAUUCACAUAAGUAAAAAGUUUGAUCAUCGUAAAAAGAAUCACCUUAGUAUGCGUACCCCUAUGAACUGUCCCAAAAAUAAGGGUUAUCAUUAUAGUAAUAUACCUCAUAUUGAUAGUUAUGGAAAAAAUGAGAAAGAAUAUGAAAGUUGGAAAAAAAAAAGAAAAAAAAGAAAAAGUAAAAUUGAUAAUCUAAGUGAAGAAAUUGACUUAGUGAAUUACCCCACCAUUCUUCAUUCCUCAAUUAAUGAAAGUAUGACAAAGGCAAAUUCGUCGUUUUGUUCGAAAAAACUCGAUGAGUUUGUUGUUGAUGUGAAGGAUUACAAUGAGGGAGUACAUGAGAAGAGCUCGAGCAGCAACGCUAACAGUAGCACUGGAAGUAGCACUAAUAGGAGCAUCAGUAGUUGCACAAGUAAUAGCUUCAGUUGUUGUAAUAAUGACAACUCUAAUGAAGGAGUAAUAAUGGGAAAAUUUUUUUCUCGUAAAAAAAGAACAUCACUUGAUGCUUGUACUCCUGGUGCGUUUUCUACAUCCGAUGAGUAUAAGGAAGAGCAGAAUACAAAGGAACACCUUCUUUUCAGUCAAAAUGAAUACGAAAUGUUCAGAACACAAAAAAAGGAACGUGUAUGUUCUAAUGUUUUGUGUGUGAAAUUUCGGAGAGAACAUACUUUUGGUUCCAAAAGGCAAGGAAAUAAAAGCAAUGAAAUGAUAAGGAUCGAUAAGGAAAAAAAAAGAAAUGAUGAUCAAGAUGCCGAGGAAAUGUCAUUUUCGUACCAUGAAAAUGAAUAUGACCAGGUGCAGAACUCGAAUAGAGGGAGGAAGAAAAUCGUCAAUUUAGUAAGUGAUUGUAAGGGAAAAAAUGGGUGCAAGAAUGAAGGAACAGAUAAGCAAAUUGGUAACCAAAUCGACAAUCAAACUGACAAUCAAACUGACAAUCAAACAGACAAAAGGGUAGAUAAGCACUCGGAUAAGCAGCCGAAUGAGGACAAACGCGAGAAGAUGACCCUAAGGGAUAAGGAUAAAAAUGGAAAUAAGGAAAAGGUGUCAUGCGAGCAAGUAUUCUAUGAUGAAACUGAAUCGGAUGAUAUUGAAGGGAUCUCCUUGUUUAAUAAGAAGGAGCGGAAUAGUGAAAACCAACAUGACAUUUCAAAAAUUGUAGAUGAUUAUGAGAAACUUGGUGAAACUAAAAACUUGUUUAUUUCGGACAUAUUUAAAUCUUUUAUUAAAUCAGGGGCACAGAAAAGGUUAAGGAAUAAAAAUUCUUUACAUUCUAGUGAUGAUGUAGAUGAGUAUAUACAAAAACAUUAUGAGGAAGAAAAGAUGAAAAAUAAAAAAUUUAAAACAAGUUUAUUGAAUUUAAAAAAAAAUAGAAGGGAACAUCCUAGCAAAACCAUGAAAAAAAUUAGUUUACACAAAAUGAAGAACUCAAAAUUAAAAGGUUUUGUAAAAAAGUAUACAAAACAGUACAGAAAAGGUUCCAUACAUAUAACUUCAAAUAAUAAAAAAAUUGAUAAAAUUAUACGUUCUAAACAAACACCAAAAAGUAGGAAUACAAAAAUAAUAGGUUCUAUAAGAAAUAAAGUGAGAAGCUUGAAUGAAUCAAUUGGUAGUUUGAAUAGUCCUAAUUUAUCUCCAUUUAAUAUGCAAAGAAAUAAAACUAUUGCACAAGUUUUUGCUGAAGAGGAUGAAUGGGAAAUAUACAGACAUCAACAUAAAGAAAAAAUUGUUGUUGAUGGAUGGCAGUCUUUAUCUUUAAAACAAAAUUUAAAUAGUAUGCCAGAUGAAAUUGUUAUAUAUAUACAUGGUUAUAAUGUGAAAUUACAUCAUGGUUGUUCUCAGUUAGCACAUUUAGUUUCUUUUUCUAAAUUACCAUCCUAUAUUCAACCGUUUGUCUUUCAUUGGGAAGGGCAUACGUGGGGAGCUCUUUCUGCUCUUUCAUAUCCUAUUGCAAAGAAGAGAUCAGAAAUGGCUGUUUUAGGAAAUUCCUUUAAGACAUUUAUACAAGAACUUAUCAAUUCAGGUGUUAAGAAUGUUCACCUAAUAAGUCAUUCAUGUGGUUCAAGACUCUUUUUCAACGGAUUCGCAAGUUGUGUAGAGGAUAACUUAUUUUAUAAUGUCCUAAAUAAAGAGAAGCCUAAAUUGAGGAAAAGUAAUCGUACUAAGAGAAGCUCGGAAAAUUCCAAUGUAUUCAAAGAGGGUGAGAAUGAAGGCGAUGCAGAGAGUGAUGAUGAUGAGGACGAGGGAGAAGACGAUGAUGAAGAUGAUGGGAAGGACACUAAGGACAACAAGGUCAAUAGGGAUAGUAGGAACCAUAAUGAUGAAUGUAACAUGAUGGAGCUUAACCAAAACAGAAAAAAAAAAAAAAAAGUCAGUGUAAAUAAACCCCUCCGACAAAAGAAAAAAAAAAAGAAGAAAAGAAAACAGAUCAUAGUAAAAACGGUAAUUCUGUUAAAUCCAGAUUAUCCUUUAGAUAAGUUUUUGGAAAAAGAUUUUUUUAUAUUAAGAAGUCAUUGUAAUCAUAUAGUUAUGUAUGGUGAUACUCGAGACCAAGCAUUAACGUACUCAGAAACGUGGAAUAGGGAAAAAUGCCUCGGGAAAAGAAUUUUCAAAUUAAUGCUACCAUUAUAUAAAAUAUAUAAUUAUGAAGACUGUUUAAAUUUAAACAUGGAAAUAAAUAACUUACAGGAAAGAUAUUAUGAAGAAAAGUUUAAAAUGUGUGAUAACAUCUUAUUUCCUAACUCUACAUUUGUGGAAGAAAAUAUUAAAAAGCAAAAAAAAACUAAGGACGAUUUGUUAGGCAAAGACAGAAAAAAUAAAAGGGAAAAGGAAAUAGAGGGGGAUGAACAUGCAGUGGACGAUGGAAAAUCGUUGGUUAAUCCCACCAAGAGUGGGAUCACUGGUGGUAUUUGCGGCGGGAACAACAGCAGGAACAACAUCGGAAGUAACAGCGAAAGUAACAGUGGAAAUAAUGCUAAAUCCAAAUUGAAGCGCUAUACAUUUGAUUAUGAAGAUGGAGGCUCGUACGUUUCUGAAGACCUCACGAAGAACUACCUUAAUGACAAUUUUUGGAAAACCGUUGAAUUUAGUGAUACCAGCUUAAAAACGUUUAAAUCAAAAAAAAAGUUUAGAUUAUCCACAGCUUUUAAGAAAAUAAAGAGAAAAUGGUUAUUCAAAAAUAAGAAAAAAUAUAUAUAUUUUAAUGAAAAAUCAGCAAAUAAUCCGUAUACGCUGAAACUAAAAAAAAAAAAUAUUAAAACGUCCCUUCAAGUUCCUCAGAAAACAGACACAGUUUAUAUAUCUUUUGAUAAAUAUGCAUGGCUAGACAUGGAUGUUAUAGAUACAACAUUUGUUGAAACGAACGUGGAUUUUUUGAAACAUUCUUUUUAUCAAGUGAAAAGAGAAAUUAUGGAUGAUAUAAGAGAAGUUUUGACAUCUAAUAUUCGAGCACAUGAACGUGUAAGCAGGUUAGACAGAAGAAGAGGCAACGUCUUUGUGCUCAGAGUAGCUCCAGCUGGAGUUGGGAGCUUGCACAGAUGA